GGAUAUGUUUGAAAUUGAUUACAAAAGAGAGUAUUAAGGGGAUGGUGAGAGAGAUGUCUCGAGAGGAGGUGUCAGGACUGAUAAAGAACUUUCAAACACCACCUUUCUUCACAAUCACUCAACUACUUCAUCUCUCAAACUCAAGUCUCAUAAUCUCCCCAGAUUCACUUAUAUAUCUCCCAUCUCAAACAAUUGUUCUUUCCCCCAUAUCUUUCAUUUUGUUGCUCCCACUCUCUCUGUACUAUGAGACCCGAAGAAGGAAACCCCCUAGACCUAAACAACUUCCCCGGGGAAGAUUCCUCUGGGGCGGGAGGCGGAGGAUACAGGAAGAAGAAAAACGGCGGAGGAAAGGACGAAAGUGGGAAGGUAUACGAGUGUAGGUUUUGCUCCCUCAGGUUCGGCAAAUCUCAAGCUCUCGGGGGACACAUGAACCGCCACCGACAAGAAAGAGAGACAGAAACACUCAACAGAGCUCGGCAGUUGGUUUUCAGUAAUGAUAACCUAAUGCCACCCACUCCCCCUCCUCACCCUCAUCUUGUCCUAGGCAGCGGCCAGCUACCGAUCUCGCAUGGAGGGUAUCACCAGCAAGCAACUGAUCCAUUCAGAAGCACAGGCUAUCCGGCUGGACGAUACUACUGCGGCUCCUCAUCAUCGGCCAACAUACCGCCACCGCCUCCACCACCGCAGUCCUACAUGUACCCUUCGUCGCCGCGCCUCGUUCCCUACCCUCCACCACAUUACAACAUUAACCCCCCAAUCAACGACUACUUCGUGGGGCACGCGGUGCACUCAACCGGCCAGUUGUACACCGCGCCCGCCCCUCUGGUUCCGCCAGAACACGGCUACACGUGUAUCGGUGCGCCGGUUGGACACGGAUUGAAGCAAGGAGGAAUUAAUAAUAAUAAUAAUAAUUUUAGUAGUAGUAAUAAUAAUAAUAAUGAGGUGGAAGGGGAAGGUAGGAGCUAUCCGAAUUCGUCGAUGAUCAAUCGGUAUCAAGAAGGAUUGUAAUUGAUAUGAUGUAGCAUCAUGUGUUACACUAGCUAGAUAUAUUAAGAAUAUUUUCUGAGUAUGAUAUGGGCAUGACAAUCAAGCUAGCUACAUUUCUUGGAAUCAUGAGGUACAAAAGUGGGGUCAAGGCAAUGCAAGAAAUGAGUGAGAUGUUUUGGUUUUUCUACAUAGAUUUUGGUUUUGGUGACCAGCUUUUUUGUGUUUAUACACUAACUCACACUCAGCUGCCACUACCAGGUCUGCCUUUAAUUCAUGCUGGAAUGCACUGUAUCCUAGGGCUUGUAAGUUAUGACCUGAGAUCUCAUCAUCAACUUCUUUUGUUUUCUUA